AUGGCCUCAAGUCUUGAUCAAACCUCAGUUUUUCACCCGCAAACACACGAUGGGCUCCAGUUCUGGCAGUUCAUGGUUGCAGGCUCGAUAGCCGGCUCGAUCGAGCACAUGGCUAUGUUCCCUGUCGACACCCUCAAAACCCGAAUGCAGGCCAUUAGUUCUUCUCCCAAAACCCCAUUGCUGAACCUCAGGCAGUCCCUCAGCUCCAUAAUGAAACUCCAAGGGCUGUCAGGAUUGUACCGCGGCAUCACAGCAAUGGGCCUCGGUGCUGGCCCGUCCCAUGCGAUCUACUUCUCAGUGUACGAAUCCUCCAAGAAAUUCUUAUCGUCCUCCGGAAUCCCGAAUAAUAGUGCUGUGGCCCACGCGGCUUCGGGUGUGUUUGCUACGGUCUCGAGCGAUGCUUUUUUGACUCCGAUGGAUGUGGUUAAGCAGAGGCUGCAGUUGGAAGGAAGCCCGUAUAAAGGAGUGGGUGAUUGCUUGAGGAGGGUAUUUACAGAAGAAGGAAUUAACGGGUUUUACGCGAGCUAUAGGACGACGGUUUUGAUGAAUGCGCCUUUUACGGCCGUGCAUUUUGCGACUUACGAGGCGGCCAAGAGAGGGCUGAGCAGCAGCAGCUCGGUCUCGCCGGAGAGUGGCGGUGAUGAUGAGGAGACUUUGUUGGUUCACGUGACAGCUGGCGCGGCAGCUGGUGGGCUGGCGGCGGCUGUGACGACUCCACUUGAUGUUGUCAAGACUCAACUGCAGUGUCAGAUGACUAACGAAAGAAACUCGUGGUUUCGUUCGAUUAUGCAGGGUGUUUGCGGAUGUGAUCGUUUUUCAAGUAGCUCGAUUAUGGAUAUGAUACGGACGAUCAAGAAAAAGGAUGGGUACGGUGGACUCAUGCGUGGAUGGAUUCCUCGAAUGUUGUUUCAUGCUCCAGCUGCUGCUAUCUGCUGGUCUACCUAUGAAGGAGUCAAGAGUUUUUUCCAGGCUAGGACUUGA